CGUCUGCUCACCUGCGGCGUUUUGAGCCAUUCGGACCUGUCAAAAUUAGCACCGGCGAUUAAAAAAAAGAAACGUGUCUUCUUUUUCAUAGUUAUGACAGAGUGGACCUACGUCGUUGACGCCACUUUCUCCAUGUCCCCUUUCUUCUUUAUCUAGCGGAAGGUGCACUCUACAAUUAUGGAGUUUUAAACAACAAAGUGAGAGCUUUGGGGGGGAAGGGACCCUUUCCCCUCAAGUUUGGUGGUUGGACUGCUGGACAAGAAGGUCAGAGGGUUGUAUAAUUUGUUGCCUUUAUGUAAAUAAAUAGAUGAAAAACCUAUUUUUGCAAACAUUUAAAUAUACAUUUUGUACAAAGCAGAAUAAGUUUUGUAUUUAUUGAAUACCUGAUGCCUGUGUAUGCUGAUAGCACUUUAGUCUGUGUAAAAUCUUUGGCCGAGAUGGUGGACUGAAACAAACCACACAAAGGCUGUGGGGUCGCUAGGGUGCGGUGGAACCUCAACACAAGCACAAUUCUAGCGCUCCAAAUCAUUUCUACCUUUGUUUAUACUUCUUUUUUAGUUUUUUGUUGUUGUUUUUUUUUUUUUUACCUUGGGAGCAAACUCCCGUUUUUUGAUUUGACAUUUUUUGUGACAGUGUUUUAACUUUUGGCACCACGCUUCAUAACAUUCUUGAGUUUGUCUCAAAUUGUGGGUGGUGGUCUGUCAGAAGGACUUUGCAAACAGAAAGGGAGAAGGAUUCACUGUGGAGAUUUGGUGCAGGUCAGGAUGAGCCUGGCACCGCCAGACUGCACCCCGAAAUGCCGGUCACAGCAGCAUGCAGACCAGGUUAUAGCGGCGCUGACGCGCGGCUCCGAGGGGCAGCUCCACGCGUUCCUUACGUCGCACUGUCACAACGCCGCCACCCUGCGGGAUGCCUUCGGCCGCACAGCCCUGCACAUGGCAGCCUCCCUCGGGAAGAAGGCCCUGAUGGAGUGGCUGCUGGAGAGUAAGAACGCCGACCUGAUGGGGAAGGACAAGGAGUCCGGCUGGACGGCGCUGCACCGCAGCACCUUCUACGGGCAGAUCCACUGCCUCAUAUCACUGGUCAAGCAUGGUGGGCUUCUCAACACUCAGGACAAGGAGGGUCUCUCCGUCCUGGACCUCACGAUGAAGGACAGACCAGCACAUGUUGUGUUCAGAAACACAGACCCAACUGAAGUAUACACAUGGGGAAACAACGCUAAUUUCAGUCUCGGCCAUGGCAAUCAAGAGAGCCGUCAUCAUCCUGAGCUGGUGGAUGUGUUUGCCAGGACUGGAGUUUACAUCAAGCAGGUGGUCCUGUGUAAGUUCCACUCGGUGUUUCUGUCUCAGAAAGGCCAGGUGUUCACCUGCGGGCACGGACAGGGGGGAAGGCUGGGCCACGGCGACGAGCAGACGUAUCUGAUUCCUCGAAUGGUGGAGGGCCUCAUGUCCCACCACUGUUCCCAGGUGGCAGCAGCCAGAGACCACACAGUGGUCCUGACGGAGGAAGGCUACGUUUAUACUUUUGGCCUCAACACCUUCCACCAGCUUGGCCUGGCUCCUCCUCCGGCCUCAGCACAUGUGCCCAAACAGGUGUUCUCCAAGACCCUGAAAGGCCGUAUGGUGAUUGGAGUUGCAGCGGGGAGGUUUCACACAGUGCUGUACACCAGGGAGGCGGUCUACACAAUGGGACUCAAUGGAGGCCAGCUGGGUUACUUGCUGGACCCUAACGGGGAAAAGUGUGUGACGGCACCUCGCCAGGUGUCUGCCCUGCACCACAAGGAUGUCACCAUAGCCAUGGCCGCCGCCAGCGACGGAGCAACGGUAGUAGUGACGGAGAAGGGCGACGUUUAUCUGUUGGCUGACUAUCAGUGCAAGAAAAUGGCCUCAAGGCAGCUUAACAUCAAGAAGGUCCUGGUCAGCGGAGGUGGUCUGGACCACCGCGUGGACCCACAGGUUUUGAUUGAGGGUGAAGGAGAAAAGGUCACUAUUUUGGCUCUGGACGAGGCUGGAAGGGUGUUUUGCUGGCGUUCCUCUGGCAGCUCAGUGAGACAGUGCCGGUGGGCGUACGGGCGUCAGGUUUUCAUGUCGGACUUCGCUCUCAGCAAGAACAGCAUGAUGUUUGUUACUCAGGAUGGGGAGGGCUUCAGUGGCGUGUGGGCAGGAGAAUAUAAGAAAUACGAGGAAAAGAAAGAGGUCAGUGUGGAGGUUUGCGGCCACUCGGACGCAGGCACGAUGUACGAACGAAUCCGCCUGGAGAAACUCCCGUACGUCCACAGAGCCGUCAGCAUCACCAUGGACUCCAAAGGACUCAACUUCGGAGUGCUGCAGGCCGACCCCAGAACCAGCUUGUUCGAGAUUCCCAUCAUUUCUCCGUCCUCCUUUUCCCAACACUUCCGGAGCCUCCUGGACGAGGCGGACGAAACGGACAGCAUCCACGACGUGACCCUGCAGGCCGGCGACCGCACCUUCCCGGCUCACAAGUACAUCUUGUCCAUGCGGUCCGAGUUCUUCCGCAAGCGGUUCAUGUCCGAGCACUGCGGCGUCGACGAGGAGCUGGACAAGGAGGUGAAGACCAGCGAGGACGCCGUGGGCUGCGACCUGCUCGUUUUCGAGAAGAUCCCAGCAGACAUGCUGGAGUAUGUCCUGCACUUCAUCUACACCGACUCCUGUGAGCUGCUGGUGAACGGAGCCCGGCCAAGGCUGUCAGGAGUCCUGACGGUUACAAACCAGGAUUCAGAUCAGGAUAGGCUUAUCAGCAGCCUGCAGGACUUGGGUCUGAGAGGCCGUUCAGCCCUGGAGGUGUACCGUUCCCUCAGCCCUGCCACCAACGUCGACAGCGACAAGGCCAAGAGCAAGAGCUCCAAGCCCGGCAAAAAGCAGAAAGGAGGCAAAGGCGACAAGGCGAGGGCCAACGAGGGCGGGGCCAACCCGGUGAAAGCCUUGCAGGCCGUAGCGAAAAGGCUUGGCCUCAGCAGCCUGUCGGCACGAUUGGACGGCGUCAAAUUUGAAAAUGGGAAAAUUAACAUUGUAAACAAGAAAACUGGCAGCAAACCCAAAUUCUACCAGAAGAAAUGCUCCUAUCUUUGCGAUGUGACUCUUAAAUCUGAAGAUGGGAAGGAGUUUCCUUGUCACAAAAGUGUCCUGUGUGCAAGAUUGGAAUACUUCAACAGCAUGCUUGGAAGCCCUUGGAUUGAGGCCACAUCCUGUUCUGCCCUGGAGAUGCCCACCAGCUCAGAAAUAUUACAAGUCAUUCUUGAAUACAUUUACACAGAUGAGUCUCCCACCAUUAAAGAGUCCCUGAAUUUGGAGUUCCUCUGCAACGUGCUGGUCGUGGCCGACCAGCUCCUGAUCACACGGCUGAAGGAGAUGUGCGAGGUCGUCAUCACCGAGAACUUGACUCUGAAGAACGCCGCUGAGCUGCUGGAGUUCGCCACCAUGUACAACGCUGAGCAGCUCAAACUGUCCUGCUUCCAGUUCAUUGUGCUCAACAUGGCCGCCCUGCUGGAGUCAAAAGCUCUGGAUAUUCUGAGUGAUGAGGUGCUCGUCGAGCUUUCCGCAGCCUAUAGGAGGGCGAUUCCAGCGAUGCAGAAGCGCAUUAUCACCCCGUAUCCCGGAGCACCGGACCUCAGCAUGUACGAGGAUGAAGAUCUGGACUUUACCUUCAGCCCUAAACCAGAAGCUGAGCUGGAUCACUCUUGCAGGGAAAUCCUGUUGAAGAAGGCAAAGAUGAAGGCCAAAAAGAAACCAAGGAGACGCUCUGACAGCUCAGGAGGCUACACUCUCUCUGAUAUUAUUCAAAGCCCUCCUGCUGCAGUGGUUUCCCCGUGCCUGGUGAAGUCUGGCAAGGCGAACUCGACAGACUCCCUGCAGGAGCUCCUCACAUCAGACUCGGAAGGCAGCUACAUGGGGGUGGGAAGUCCCAGAGACGUGCAGUCGCCCGUCUUCACCGACAGAACUGAGGAUGAGAAGGCUUUCAGUCAGAGGCUGAAGACUCCGCCAAGCACCCCAACUUCUCUGAGGAACGGCCUCCCGACUCCCCCCGACUCUGCUCCACAGACCGUCUCCAAGGUCCUACCUUGUCCUGCUCGUGCACCUCCAGUCUUGGACCUGAGAACCAUCAUGGACAUGGAAGCCAACUCUGUGCAGACGCUUGGAGCGACUCCUAAAAGCCCCGGAGGUAUCAGUACGGGUAUCAAGCACUCCCCCGUCUCCACCAAACUUUCCCAGAAGCAGAGGAAGAUGCUGGCCAUGGCCAGCAAAGAGGCCAGCGUGGAGUCCUCAGCCUCCAGACCCACCUCCACCCCCACCCCCACCGUCACCCCAUCCAGAAGCAGUGGGAAGGCCUGGGCCACGGCCGUCCAGUCCCCGCCCUCCUCCUGUUCGUUUCGUGCGCUGCUGGAGGAGGAGGAGAGCCGCCUGCUCAGAGCGGGACAGCCCGGAGCACCGAGGGGCCAGACCGCUGCCGGGUCCCCCGUCGCUGCCACACCCCCGGCCAGGAAGGUCACCUUCAAAUGUGCUGAAAGCAGCGAGCCAGAGAAGCCUGCUGGGCCCUGGUUGCUGGGUGCGGUGGGCAGCCCUCCCCCGUCCUCCCUGGUGACCUUUGCUUCCAUCGUGGAGGAGGAGAAGCAGCAGGAAGCCGCGCUGAUCCGCAGCCGAGAGAAGCCGCUGGCGCUCAUCCAGAUCGAGGAGCGGGCCAUCCAGGACCUGCUGCUCCACUACCGGGCGCGGGACAACCCGGACGAGCUGAUCGUGGUGGAACGGUCUUGCAGGGGUCCCAUCGCGGCCCCCACCUGGAACAAACACUGAAGUCUGAACGGCACAGCCGCUGCAUACCAUCAAAGUGAGAACAUCUCAUCCAGUUGUCACUUUGUGUUAUUGUCAGUGUCUCUGCUGCAGCAGCCCCCCUCCUCCCCCUCCUCCCCCCCGGCAGACCCAUCAGAUCCAUCUGCCCAUGCUGAGAUGCACCACAGACUCAUCCAGCCCAGUUUACCAUGUGUCUGAAGCAACGCCAUGCUUCUCUCUGCAGUGUUAUUUUAGUUUUACUCCAUUGCUGCUCGGCGUGUGUGUGCGUGUUAGAAGACGAAUCCUGUUCUGCUCCUCGGGGUCGCUGCUUUUUCAUAUUAAUCUUCACUUUGAAAGACUCGCAUCUUUGUUUUGCGGAGUGACAUCAAAACUUAAACACGUUUCCUCCAGUAAACGUUCGAUACAAAGUGAAAGAUGCCAAAGAAAAUCAGGAAUAAUGUGAAAGUUGCUGCGGAUGUGUGGAAGAGAGUGCCAUUUAUGCGCUACGGCAGAGCAUCAGCUGCUGCGUGGACGGCCAGUGACCUGUUAACCAAGGCGCCACGCUUUAGUUUCUUUUCAUUCUCUUAAAAAAAAAAAAAAAAAAAAAAAGAAAACAAAAAACUGCAUUGUUUUAUGGGUUGCUUUAGGUAAUUUCCUGAAAUGAAAAAAAUGUGUUUAAAACACAUUUCAUGCUUAUUUGUCACAGUUCAAAUACACUUUUGAUCCUGUUUCAGUGAACGCUAAAUACUCAAUGGAAGUGGAAAUGAUUGUUUUAGACAUGGUGGUGUGCCUUCAUUGAAGAAUGAUCCAUGCAUAUAGCAGCUAAACAGACACGUCUCUGUGUCACCUUCCAUUUCUGUCACUUGUUUAGUUCUCCGGCUCUUUCCCUGGAGGCAGAGCGAGCUCGGUGUGUAGGUACCUCAGAUCUGGACCAUGUGUUCUCAUGCUCAGUUGCCAUUGUUGUAUAUGUGAAGAGAAAAUGGCAUGCAAUAAUAAAAUACCCCACCCUGUGCGAU